AUGCCAUCGGCCGAUGACUCUUCCUCUACUCGCCCCAAUGGUACCAGCUCGAGAUCGGAUCAGCUGGCAUGGUACAAGACGCAAUAUGAGCAGUUAGAGGCCGAACUGACCGAUUUCCAGGCCUCCAGCCGUGAGCUGGAGGCGGAGCUGGAAAAGGAUAUCGAGGCGUCGGAGAAGCGAGAGCGGUUGCUGAAGGAGAAGGUGGACAGCUUGAAAUAUGAGGUCGAGGAGUGGAAGACCAAGUACAAGCAGUCCAAAUCGGAGGGGAACUUGGCUCAGAACACGUUACAGAAAGAGAUUACGACGUUGAGGGAUGCGAACAGGACGCUACAGCUGAAGUUGCGAGAUAUUGAAGUCGCCAAUGAUGAUUAUGAACAACAAGCCCGGCAUACCACUUCAUCCCUGGAGGAUCUGGAGUCUAAGUACAACGUUGCCAUUGAGCGGGGGGUCUUGUUGGAGGAGGAGAUCAAGAAUGGAGAGCAGGAACGGGAGCAGCUACGUAUUGAGAAUCAGCGUCUACGGGAUGAACUGUCGGAUUUGAAGAUCGAGACGGAGAUCAUUCAUGAGAAGCUGCGAAACACGGAAUUGCAAAACAGCCGACGCAGGAAACCACUCUCGCUGUAUCGCAGCCCAUCCACCCCACAGACACCGGAUAUCUUUGAUCGCUCCCCAAGUGCGUCAAUCGUGUCCUCGCCCUUAUUUUCGACUCCGACGCUCAAGACUUCGCUCAUGUCCGCCACUGCAGCUCCCCCAUCACCACCGAUUUCUGAGUCGUCGAGCAGCCUGCGCAAGUCAAUGAAUGCGAUGCCGGGUUUCCCACUUCAGAAGGCGUCAGGACCUGACUCGUCGUUUGGGUCACGAUCUUUACAUGGGUCUCGAACUCAGAGACACACCAAUACUCACACGCGUGCGACAUCCUAUGCGUUCACCAGCAACCGGCCCACCCCGUCGGCUACCUCGCGGCCGGCUUUGCCCAAACCCAAGCCUAAGCCUAAUGACAACAAACCGAACAACAAGUCUCAGUCGUCUGGUCUGCCGAAGUCAGGAUCCCUGUAUCAGAUCCGAGGUCUUAUUGGCAAGAUGCAGAAACUUGAAGAGCGAGUGCAGUCCGCCAAGUCGAAACUUCCACCGCCAUCUGACUCCCCAUCCCGUACGUCGUCUCGCUCGGGAUCGAUCAUCGGCGAGAGCCCCGUCGCUUCUACGAUCACGGCGCGAAGGAACUCUCGCAAACGGUUAAGUGGCAGCAGCUUCAGCUCGUCGCUUCGUGACGGGGAAAGCGCGCCAUCGUAUACGGCACCCAGCCGGCCAUCGUUUAGCACUCGUACGCAAGGAGACAGCCGUCCCAGCAGCCGCACCAGCUACUCCAGCCGCAGUUCCGUGAGUCAGAGUACACAUCCCAGCAUGACCCCGUCUACGCGCCCUGACAGCCGCCAGAGCCGGACCAAGACCCCAUUGGGCCACUACUCGAUGAAUCCGACCACGGAAAGCCGACGACCCCGCUCAUCGUUGAGUAACCCCUCUACGCAGAACGGUGGGGUCAAUGGCAUGGCGAAUAUUGAUGAGGACGAGGAUCUAGCCAUGCAUAUGUCACUGCGAGCCAAGAUCAGUGAGAUCCGCGAGAGUCGGUUGCCGGCCAUCUCGACACCGGUUCCGAACGGAUUGAAGAAACGAACACCAAGCGGCAUGUCUGGUAUCCCGGCGCCUCGCAGUCUCCGCACGAGUAAUGGCGUGGACCGUUGGGAGGGCGAUAUGGGCCCACCAGAGCCAAAGGUCAAGUACACCGAUCUUGGCGAGACUUUCUAA